GUAAACGGAGCGCACAUACCUGGAGCGCUGCUGGCGCCCGAUAAGCGCCCGGAAUGGAGGUGAUGUAACGGUGAUGCGGGCGCCAGCCCACUCUCACCGACAGCCAGGUGCCUUGCCUGGGGACAGGCCCGCGCGAGAGCGAGCGACCCGGCGCGCCCGGCUCAGCCCGGGUCCCGGGGAGAGGCAGGCCCUGCGCCCCGGCCCGGGCCCGGCCACCCCAGCCAGGACCCCGCCUGGCUCCGCGCCCCGCGCCGAGUCCCUCCAACCCCGCCGGCGCCCCGCCUGGGGCUAGAGUUGGCCCCAAACGCCGCGCCGGAGCGGGGCCAGCGGUGCGUCCCAGGGACCUGACUGGAGCCUGGCCUGGGAGCCGGGAUGGCCAUCCACAAAGCCUUGGUGAUGUGCCUGGGACUGCCUCUCUUCCUGUUCCCAGGGGCCAGGGCCCAGGGCCAUGCUCCACCUGGCUGCAGCCCAGACCUCAACCCCCUCUAUUACAACCUGUGUGACCGCUCUGGGGCGUGGGGCAUCGUCCUGGAGGCGGUGGCUGGGGCAGGCGUCGUCACCACGUUUGUGCUCACCAUCAUCCUGGUGGCCAGCCUCCCCUUUGUGCAGGACACCAAGAAGCGGAGCCUGCUGGGGACCCAGGUGUUCUUCCUGCUGGGGACCCUGGGCCUCUUCUGCCUCGUGUUUGCCUGCGUGGUGAAACCCGACUUCUCCACCUGUGCCUCUCGGCGCUUCCUCUUUGGGGUCCUGUUCGCCAUCUGCUUCUCCUGUCUGGUGGCCCACGUCUUUGCCCUCAACUUCCUGGCCCGGAAGAACCAUGGGCCCCGGGGCUGGGUGAUCUUCACUGUGGCUCUGCUGCUGACCCUGGUGGAGGUCAUCAUCAACACGGAGUGGCUGAUCAUCACCCUGGUUCGGGGCAGUGGCGAGGGCGGCCCUCAGGGCAACAGCAGUGCCGACUGGGCCGUGGCCUCCCCCUGCGCCAUCGCCAACAUGGACUUCGUCAUGGCGCUCAUCUACGUCAUGCUGCUGCUACUGGCUGCCUUCCUGGGGGCCUGGCCCGCUCUGUGCGGCCGCUUCAAGCGCUGGCGUAAGCAUGGAGUCUUCGUGCUGCUCACCACGACCACCUCCAUGGCCAUCUGGGUGGUGUGGAUUGUCAUGUAUACCUACGGCAACAGGCAGCGCAACAGUCCCACCUGGGAUGACCCCACGCUGGCCAUCGCCCUCGCCGCCAACGCCUGGGCCUUCGUCGUCUUCUAUGUCAUCCCCGAGGUCUCCCAGGUGACCAAGUCCAGUCCAGAGCAAAGCUACCAGGGGGAUAUGUACCCCACCCGGGGCGUGGGCUAUGAGACCAUCUUGAAAGAGCAGAAGGGUCAGAGCAUGUUCGUGGAGAACAAGGCCUUUUCCAUGGAUGAGCCAGCAGCAGGCACGGCGGAUCAUGCCUGUCAUUGCAGCACUUUGGGAGGCCAAGCUAAGAGACCAGUGUCGCCAUACAGCGGGUACAACGGGCAGCUGCUGACCAGUGUGUACCAGCCCACCGAGAUGGCCCUGAUGCACAAAGGCCCGUCCGAAGGAGCUUACGAUGUCAUCCUCCCACGGGCCACCGCCAACAGCCAGGUGAUGGGCAGUGCCAACUCGACCCUGCGGGCUGAAGACAUGUACUCGGCCCAGAGCCACCAGGCGGCCGUGCCGCUGAAAGAUGGCAAGAACUCUCAGGUCUUUAGAAACCCCUACGUGUGGGACUGAGUCAGCGGUGGCCAGGAAAGGCGGGCAGAUUUGGGGAGGGCCCUGGGGACCUGGCCCUGGACAAGGGGCUCUUCAGGCUUCUCCUCCCCCUGGCAGGCUCAGCAGCGGGGGCCCCGGAGCUGGAUGGGCCUCCCUUCCUGCCAGUGUUGGGGUGGAUGUCCUGGGUGUCCCCACCCACUCCUCGGUGUUUGUGGAGUAGAGGAGCCCAAGCUCGGCCCCCUGCCAGGGUCACCUCGGCGGUCUCACUCCAGCCAAAUAGUGUUCUCGGGGUGGUGGCCGGGCAGCGCCUAUGUUUCUCUGGAGAUUCCUGCAACCUCAAGAGACUUACCAGGCGCUCAGGCCUGGAUCUUGCUCCUCUGUGAGGAACAAGAGUGCCUAAUAAACAUGUUUCUGCUUUAUUAA